CACAACAAAACUCCCUAUGAACUGUGGAACGGGAGAAAGCCUAAUAUAUCAUAUUUCCAUAUUUUUGGGAGCAAGUGCUUUGUGUUAAACAACGGGAAGAAUCAUCUGAACACUUUUGAUGAGAAGUCAGAUGAGGCCAUCUUCCUAGGAUAUUCCAUGGUAAGCAAGGCAUUCAGAGUCUUCAACAAAAGAACCAUGUUCACUGAAGAGUCAAUACAUGUCAUUUUUGAUGAAAAACAUGUGGAUGACAAGCCAUCAAAGCAUGAUCAUGAGGUUCUGGAUCUAUCAGACAAGGAUGAAGGAGUCAAUAAAGGAGAUAGAAUGAAGCCCACGGAAUUCAUUCCAUUCAGAAGUCUGCCUCUGAAGAUUUCACAGAGAAAUCCGGAUUCAGACAGUGCUGAGCCAUCCGGAAAUUCCGGAUAUCUCAAACGGCGACAAUUCCGGAAAUGGCAACUCAGUGCCAAUCCAUCCGGAAACACCAACAACUUCUGUUCUUCAACCAGAAGCUGAACUAGAUCAACCAGUCAAUCCCAAUCAACACAAUCUUCGUUG